AUUAUGGUCUCUUUAAUUACAAUUUACUCAUUUAUUUUAUAUAAAAGCUUCCAUACGUUCUCCAUUUAUAUAUCACUCAGACAAUAAGUCUAAAGCCAUCAAAUCCAUAAACUCUUUGUUUUAAAUUUGAGCUUCAUCAAUGGCAAAUCAAGCAGCUGUUGCAGCAUUCUUCCUCUUCGUUUUGGCUGUCUUCUCCAACUUCGAGCUAUCAGCUUCAACCCUUGUCACUGGCAAGGUCUCUUGCCUUGACUGCCACCGUGAUUUCGACUUCUCAGGCGUUAAGGUUCUCCUUCAGUGCGACGGGGAGAAGAAACCGGUAACCACUUUGGCAGCUUCAGACGGAUCUUUCAGGUCAGUGGUUCAGACUGCUGACAAGAAGCAAGAAAUAAAAUGUCUUGCAAAGCUCUUGGGGGGUCCUGAGCAACUAUAUGCACACAAACACAACAUGGUCUCUGAACUGGUUAAGUCCAAACACGAUACCAUGGUUCUUACAACCUCAAACCCACUUUCCUUCACUCUCUCAUGCCCUAAACCAACUGGAGAUAAUGUCGGAAACAUGAUCGGAAAUUCGAAGACUGUUAAUUUUCCGGGGACAGGAGGUUUUGGAUUCCCACCUGCUAGCUUCUUUCCCUUCUUACCAAUUAUUGGCAUCCCAUGAUUUAGUAAAAUGUGAUUUAUAAAACUUGAAGGUGUAUUUAUUCAUAUGUUUUGUUGUUUAUGUGAUGAAUCUAAGACGAAUUAAAGAGAGCCAAGACAAAAAAAAUUAUAGCAAAGUAUAAAGUUUUAUUUUGUUAUGCGAGAUGUAAGGUUUGUUUAUGUAAUAAGAAAAUGUUGUUUAUUGGCUU